AUGUCUGAAAUAUCACUUAUCGUGCGCCCUCGUGGUCGCCCGAUCAAAAACCUCCCCGAGACCAUUACCGUGCAGGCAGAUGGCGUUGCCAGCCAAAUCCACCAGAAGAUCGCAGACGCAUCUCGUUUCUCUAUCCACCGCUUGAGGGUUACGAAAGGCAGCGAUGGCACGCCAGUCGCCAACACUAGGGAGACGACGGUCCACGAUACGGGCCUAAGGAACAAGAGCGCCAUCGAUGUGAAGGACUUGGGUCCUCAGAUCUCAUGGCGGACCGUGUUCGUCGUCGAGUACCUCGGACCCCUCCUCAUCCAUCCACUCGUGUACUACGGCCGCUCGCUGAUCUACGGCACCUCGCAGCCCCCAUCUGAGCUUCAGAAGAUUACCCUCAUUCUAUGUGUACUGCACUUCCUGAAACGCGAGUACGAGACAUUAUUCGUGCACCGCUUCUCGGCCGCUACGAUGCCCGCACGCAACAUCUUCAAGAACAGCGCACACUACUGGGUCUUCUCUGGUAUCAAUCUGGCGUACUGGUCUUACGCCCCAUGGGCGCCGACCGCUGGCAAAUCGAACCCGCUCAUCACCUACACUGGCAUUGCCCUCUUUACUAUCGGCGAAUUGCUCAACUUGUACACGCACAUUGUGCUUAAGAACCUCAGGCGUCCUGGCACCACCGAGCGCGGCAUUCCCAAGGGAAUUGGUUUCAACCUCGUCACAUGCCCGAACUACUUUUUCGAGAUCGUCUCGUGGAUCGGCGUUGCACUUGUGAGCUGGAGUCUUAGCACUGUCGUAUUCAUCGUGAUUGCGGCUGCGCAGAUGGGCGCUUGGGGCAAAAAGAAGGAGCGCAGGUACCGCAAGGAAUUUGGCGACAAGUACAAGAGGAAGCGAUUCGCUAUCUUCCCAGGUGUCUUCUAG